AUGGCUGAGAUACUAAAGUAUGUAGGGAAAGAUAAGAGUUCAAGAACGGUAAUUUUUUUAUAUACUGACUUUCAACUUCAGGCCCAAGAAAACCAAUCCUAGAGGGAUCCCCGAGGCACCUUUCAUUGAAAAAGUUCUGGAUGUGAUCAAGGACCCCGAGAAUGGGUUUCAGUCGAUAAUGUCUCAGUUCCAGCAGAGGCUACAACAAUACAAGUACAUGGAGUUGUCGAAACAGCAGCAGCUUGCGGACUUGAGCUCAAAGAUACCUGAUAUUGAGAAAAAUUUGGAGGUAAUCAGUCAAUUGAUGGCGUCUCGCGCAAAGAAACAAGAAGAUGACGAUGACGAUGACGACGAUGACGACGAUGACGAGAAAAAGAAAGAACUCACAUUCAAUUACGAACUCAAUGAUACGUUAUACAAUAAAGCUACAAUUAGUGUGGAUAAGCUUGACUCUGUCUAUUUGUGGUUGGGGGCCGAAGUCAUGUUGGAGUAUCCGCUCGAUGAAGCAGUGCUGCUUUUAAACGAUAGACUUGCCAAAAACAAAGAGCAAAAAACCAUUGUUGAAGAAGACCUCGAUUUUUUGAAAGAGAAUAUAACCACGAUGGAGGUCAACACGGCGAGAUUGUACAACUGGGACGUGGAAAGGAGGAAGAAAGCCAAAUCCUCUUAG